AUGAGGUUUAACCGAGCGGUCAAGUUGGUGGCACUGGUGGCCAUCUUGUCCUGUAUGGUGACCAUCUGUCUGUGGUCAACGUGUGGCACCCGGCCUUACAGUGUGGGGGCGGAAGAGAACCAGGCCAAUUUUGUGCUGACCGAGUAUCACAAGAGAGGCACCAACUCCAUCUCCAGCAGUGACCAGGGGCAGGCCGAGCCCCGCCGUGUGGAGGAGUACCAUCAGAUCGACUGCAACAUCAACAGUGAGACCACUAUCAAGUGCCGCAGAGAGGGACCCGAGGUCUAUAUACCGUUCUCCUUCAUCAAGAAAUAUUUUGAGGUAUAUGGUGAAGUAGAAGAAACAGAUGAGUAUGAAAGGCUAGAAUUCCAUCACUCGAACUCAAUUGUGCACCCACCCCGAGCCACCUACAGCCCCGACUCUAUGUUCAUGGCCUUUGACCAUUACAAUGUUGAAGGCAGAGACCGAGUCAAAUGUGUUACUGCAUCUGAAGGUGUGCCAAUCACGGUUCAGUGGAGCAAAGAUGGAUACCACUACCCAAUACAGGUGGCCCAGUACGGGUUGAGCCACCAUGCCAAGCACAUCGUCAGCGGCGACCCAGAUCAGCUGGUCUUGGAAGAUGGGGAGGAGGACAGUCUCGACGGUUGGGUCAUGCCAGAUAAAAAGUCUCAGGUGAAAAUUACAGCAGGUGAUAAAAAUCACAACCGUGUGAUGGAGUUUCUGACCUCAGAUUCUCUGCUGACAAAAGGCAUCACGAUUGCUGCAGACGAAAAAGGUUACAAGACUUUUCUCUUGGAUGUCAGGUUUGUCACCAACGGAAGCAUCACUGUCGUCCUGGAGACGGGAGCUGGUGACAUCAAGAUUCAUUAUGUGUUUAGCAGUGUGGAUAUUUACUUUGACGGAAAGUCAAACAUUUAUUACGGCAUGGGUGAGCGAAGAAGUGAGUGGAUCCACUUGGCUAGAGAUCUGAAAUGUGACCUUCUGAAAGGUCUGCUGAUCAAGCUGAAGAUGGAAACUAUUAAAAAAUCCUACGGGUUGAACCGGGUUGUGGAGAUUCGGUUGCAUGGUCACGGUUGGGUGGAUAACCUGACCAUGUCACAAUCUGUGCACAUGGACCAGUUCUACGAUGCUGCCAACUGGUUGGUGCGACACCAGGAUGAGCGGGGCGGUUGGCCAAUCAUGGUUGCUCGUCACCUGGUUGUCGGUGUUAUGGAGCUGCCGCCUGGUUGGUAUUCUGCAAUGGGUCAAGGCCAGGCCAUGUCUGUUCUCGUCCGUGCUUACCUACAUUCUAAACAAGACAAAUAUUUGCAGGCAGCCAUAAACGCGCUGAGACUCUUCGAAGUCGACAGCUCCCAAGGUGGUGUUCGGGCCAGAUUUUUAGGGAAAUUAGACUGGUAUGAAGAAUACCCUACAACGCCAAGUUCGUUUGUUCUCAACGGUUUCAUCUACUCUCUCCUGGGAUUGUACGACCUUAAACUGACAGCCAAAGGUGAAGGUCAGGCCCAAGCGGAGAGAAUUUACAACUCGGGAAUGAAGUCUUUAAAAACAAUAAUAGGUUUAUACGAUUCAGGAGCCGGGACAUUUUAUGAUUUGCGACACGUGACGACGACGCUGGAGCCCAACCGCGCCCGAUGGGAUUAUCAUACGACACAUAUAAAUCAGCUGCUUCAGCUAAUGAUCAUUGACGACGACGAGAUUUUCAAAACUACGUGCCAGCGUUGGCUGGGCUAUCUGAAGGGCAAGAGGUCAAGACACAACUGA